AAGCAGAUCGUCGUUUAAAUCAGAGUUUAAUAAGGACCAUGAAGACUCCGUGACUGUCUUUAUUAGCCAUAAACGGUGAACAAUUCCCAUGCCCCAUCCCCAACGGUUAAAUCGAUCUCGAAUCCCAGUUACAAGCUAACCCCAUGGACACCAAACGCCAGCUAGCGGUGGAACCUCACGUGAAUACUCCAUGAAUGCAUAUUAUUGCUUUCACCUUUCUAUAUACGUGAAAUUUCAUUCUACCUAGAAUGAAACUUAUUCCAUUACACCUUUCCAAAUAUAUUCACAAAAAUAUGGAAAGCAAUCACAAACUGAGGAAAGAAAUCUGAGGACGUAUAUGGAUGCUUUGUGGGAACUAGAAGAUAAGUGGAAGCUGUCUACCCAACAAGCAUUUCUUCUCUUGGUGUCUGCCGGCUUUGCCGUUAUCGGUCUCUGCAUGGCUAUGACUGUGCUAAGAAAGAAGGCUCAGAGAAAGCACCAACAGCAGCAGCUUGUGGUGAUGGGACAAGAGGAGACUAAUGGGGCAUUAGGGUACAAGUGGUCAGAGCCAAGCUGCGGUUGGGGCUCGAUAAAGAGGGCGUUGGUGGGCUCGGUGCGGUGGAGUAAGGCGAGCAAGUGGGGGGAGGAGAGAAGAGGAGGGAGCUGGAGGGAGAUGACACCGGCGGGGCGGCUGCUGGAGAAGAGGAUUGGGGUGGAAGGGGGGUGGCAUAGCCAUAACUCGGAGUCACCUGUUUGGCAAAGGCCUAUACUUAUGGGGGAGAAGUGUGAGCUACCGAGGUUUAGUGGCCUUAUUCUAUAUGAUGAGAGAGGCCGGCCUCUUUAUGAUUCCCACCAGGAAACUAGAAUCCAGGAAAAAACGGCUCCUGUUGCGAGAACGACUCUGAGGGACUUGCUGUAAUUUUUAUUGUUUUUAACAGAAAUGUUCUUAAUAGUUUUACCAGAUGAGAGCCAUAGGAUUUUCAGUAGUAGUGGCACCAGUAGUCAUCUUCAACAACCUUAAUAAUUACCGUUUAUGUACACAGCGGUAACAUUAAUCUAUGAACCUGCUUCUUCUUUCAUUUUUCAUGAGGUACUUUUCAAUUGGGUGCGCCUAACUGU